AGUUAUAAUCACAAACGUAGAUUAUCACAAAUUAUAAUAAAGUUGUAGAUUAUAAUUUGGCGGGAUGGCGCGUUGGCAUGUAGAAUAAAGAAAUAAAACGUAGUGAUUUAUUUUAGAAAUGUAAAAUAUAAAUAUGGAUUUGGGAAAUAUUGUGAUUUGCGAUGUAUAUGUGACUAGCAUGUGGUUAAAGUGCAGAAAUAUGUUUUACGUUUGUAGUUGUAGUGGUUGAAAUGCGAAGAUGAGUGCAAAGUUUUUUAUAUACGCAGGCCGUCGUUGGCGCGAGUUAGAAACAGAAAGCGGACGCUUAUCAGGUUGGGGUCGUGCUAAGUUUGUAUUCUUACGAUGCGGCCGACUGGUCGUAGCGCGUCGCGGUGCUGUACUUCGCGCGUUGCGAGCUUUGGCAACUGGCCGUGGCAAUGCCGCACGAGACGGUUUGCCGUUAAGUAAAUAUGUACCACCUACAGUAGCCAAUGAGAAGAAAAAAGACAAAAGUCCUGCUCGUGUCUCAUGCAAGGAGUGCCAACAUCAUCAUGAGCAUGCUGUCCUCCCACAACAUUGCACCCAGUGAGUUUUCACUUUUGUAAUCAAAUAGUUGUACAUACAAUUUUUUUACAUAGUAGAGCCACGCUGCGGCUAUAUGGUAGUAGCACUAACAGGUCGACUCAAUCUGGUAAUGACCACACUCUCACAGAAUACCAGUGUGAAAUAUUAGUUUAAUGUUAGUGUGUUUUGUAUGCUGAGUGUAGAGAACCGGACACCCUUAUUAUUGGAAAUAAGUCAUUCCAUCUUAGUCGUCAAGGGUGACAAUGCAUAUGCAUUUUGAUUCUUAAUUUAGAUGUCUAUAGACCACAGCAUCCAUGUACCAUCCGGUAGCCUGUGUGCUUGUUUGUUACCCUUAUUCUAUUAAAAAAAAAACUUAAAAGCUCACCGUAAUUUGACAAUACGCGAAUCAUGCGACCCUCGUUUUUGCAAUUAUAAGUGCUGAUUGUGACUACAUGUUCAGCAUAUAAUGAAAAUUGUAAGAACUGUGCGAGAAAUAAAAUAUUGCAAUAGCAUGUGGAUUCCAACAUCAUCAACAUAAUCAUCAUACAGCCUUUCACAUGUCAACUGCUGAACAUAGGCCAAGUUGAUCUAUGUUCAGCAUAACAUAGGCCAAGUUGACCUAUGUUCAGCAUAACAUAGGCCAAGUUAUGCCACGAAGCACGGUCUUGAGCCACCUGCAUCCAUCGACUGCCUGUAUGCCUUACCAGGUCGUCACUCUGUAGUAUCUACAUAGUAUCUAUACGUAUGUUUGGGUAUAAUAUAAUAUAUAAACUUAACAAUAACGUAAUUACAGACAGUCUUACGUCAACACUCAAGUGUUUCAUUUCCCUCGUCCUUACAUGGCGACCCUGCCAGGCGGUGCGCUGCGGCAAUGCAAGCGCACCGCCGGGCCUAUUUAAAAAAAAAAUGGGAAUAAAUAUUGCUAAAUUAAAUAAAGAAGACUUGAGUAAAAUAAUUGACAAUAAAGUAAUAUUACAACGCAAUGAAUACAACACCGGACGUGACGAAACAUAAAUAAAUAUAAAUUCGAGAAGAAGCCACAAUAACACAAUAAGAAUUUUAUAGAAGCUGACUGAAAAUUUAAAAUAUAUAAUAUAUAGUACUAUGAAGACAACUAACGAAGAAUGAGGAAAUAAAAUGGCGAUUUUUUUAAUAUGAUGACCAAAGUUCAAAAUUCAAGAAACGGCAGAUUAGUUUUAAAAGGAAAGUAACAGUUGUACUUUUGCAAGCUUCAUCUAGAAGAAUAUGAAAUAUGAGCCAAAAAGAACAAAGAAAAAAAAUUUGAGGUAACAUCGCAUAAGUCUACUUUUGUCAUUUCUUUAUAAGAUUUCUUUAAAAAGUUUUAAAUAUUAUUAAAAAAAAAGUUAUAUACUAAAUAUUAUGUAUUUCAUAUAUGUUUAAGUUGAAAUUAAUUAUUAGAUAUUUUAUAUUAACGAUUUAUUUCUUAUUUUAUUAUUGUUUAAACAAAUCAUAUUACAAUAAUUAUAAAUUAAGUUACGUAAGUGCGUCAGUGGCAUUUGUAUUAAAGCACUAGACGAUUUUAUAUUUACUUUUAUUCAGUAAUUGUUUUGCAAAGAAAAUUAUGAAAUAAUACGAAAGAUAAAAUUUUUACGCACUUAAUUUCACCAAAUUUAUUGUUAAAAUAACAAUGUGAUACAUUUCGUUGUUUUUUUUCUGUAGACUUUUAAUAUAAAAUUAUACAAUUCAUUCAACAAACUAAUUCUACACAUUCAACACCAUAUUUUUUUUAUUAUGUUUUAGACUAUAUAAAAUAAAAAAGUACAUAAUGCAUUUAAUAUUAAAUGUACGUUAUUUACAAGUAACUUGAAAAUAUUUGCCACAUUUUAACAUUUUAUAAUAUUUCUAGUAGGUAUUGUAUUCUAUAGAAAAUUCAAUAUAUUAAGCUACAUUUUACGAUGACCUGGUUCGAAUUAAAGCAAAUAUAUUUUUAAAUUUAACCCAAAUUUAUUUCUGCAGUAAUUUUUAUUUAAAUGUAUAUAAUUUUGAAGGAUUUAAAAAAAUCGCUAUUAAUAAAAGUCAUAACUAUUUUCUUCUUUUCUAAAGGUACCUUGAAACAAUUUUAAAGUUAUAAAUAAAUAAAUAUAUAUUCUUUAAUAAAUAACCUUAAAGUUAAUAUAACCUACUUAAAAAUGAAAAUUGUUCUUCUCAAUGUUUAAAUUAAUUAAUGUUUUGUUUAUAUAAACUUGGUAGCCGCUAUACUGAUGACGACUUAUGUUCCCAUUAUUGUUUCUUUGUUUAAUUUGAAUAUGAAAUGGAACAAUUUUUCAUUUCGAUUUUAUAUUUAUUGAACUUUUAAAUCAAAAACUUUUAAUUUUUAUAAUUCAUUUAUUUCCUGGGAAAGUGAUAAAGUUUGGAUUAUUUAACUUAUUUGUAUACAUGAGAAAAUAAUUUCUUCAAUUUAUUUAUUUCAAUUUUGUUGUGAUCAUUGUGAGCCUCAUUCCCUGACUGAAAAUGAUGUACAUACCUAAAUACUACAAGAGACCAUAUAAGAGACUCAUUUAAUAAAUUUGUAAAGACGUGAGUUAAUUUAUGGCUACUAUAUUAAAGGCUAAUAUAAUUAACUAAGAAAUACGGAAUUAUUAAUGAAAAAUAUUAAUAGAGUGUAGUUGUGAGAAUAAGGCAAGUAAAGAAAAUUAUCGGAGAUUAGCAUAUCCACAUACAAUCGGCCUGAUCAGCUGAGAGUUUGGAAAACCUAAUAACCGAGUAAUUUUUUUAAGGUUGUUCGGAUGCGAUUAACGACGUAAUGAGCUUUAAUGACGCAAUGAUAAUUUAUUAUGUAUUGUAUAGGAAUAGUGUGCAUAUUCUUUAUCAUGUAUGUACGCGACCAUGUACAUGAAAGUAUAUUAUGGUACAAUUAAAUAAUGAUUAAUAAAAUACUAUAAAUGUAAAGAAAUAAAUAAAAAUAAAACACGUUGACCUUGACGAACAAAUAAUGGAGAGAUACGGGAACGUCCAUUACUGGUAUAGCAUAUAGUCCUCGAGCAGGGUAUGCUUCCAUGAUUGGAUGAAAAAAUCGGAAGUAUCGGGUACUAGGGAACAAUACCUUCAGUACAAGUGAGAUGUGAACAAGUUUACUCAUAUUAGUACUCUUGGGGUCAAGAGAAGUCUUAAAUUUGUUACCCUUUAUAAUGGUACAUAGAGGUCACAUCCUUCAUUGGAUCAUAGUGUGAACUUAGUUUUUCUCCGUGACAAUUGUUGGAGUCCUUUUAAAAUGACUUAAACGUAGACCUCAAGGUUGUGCGCACAACCCAAGGUACAGUUACCUUGACAGUAUAGUAUGAUACAAAAAAAAGUUUAUGUACCAAUAAAAUGAAAUGAAUGUUAUGAAAAAUAAUAAUAAUACCCAAGUAAAUGGGGAGCCCAUAUUUAUAAAGUACCCGCGUGAUAAAUAUCACAAAAUAAAAUAUAAAUGAAGUGAAUUAAUACUCCGAUUCCCGGUAUCUAAUUAAUAAAUAAAUAUAUAAGGGAAGAGAAUACUCAAAGAAAUAAAGCUAGCUAAACGUC